CUGACUCUUCCGAGCCAAUGAAGCUGGAAAAAACACAAUUGCGAUCGGAGUUGGCGGACUUGGCGGCGAUAUCGAAUAGUGGGAAAAACAAAGUCGAAGGCAGUACUGUCCAACUCGACCUUAAGCGGCACACAUAGUAUGGCUCCGACAACGACAACAAUAAUAUCAACACUUCAAACAACUUUCACACUCCCGCUCAUCACAGCAGGGUUGCUUUCACCAUGGACUAGUGCGUUCCGCCUUGGGAUCAACAAUGGCUAUUGUUAUCAGGCCUUCCUUUUUUCCAUACCACGGCCCGAAAGAAUUUCUGUUUGCAAAUUUUAUGUUGAUGUCUCCAUAUUGCAUUAUCGCCCGACUCGACGGACAUAGUAGGGUCGUGAUAAGAAUGGCAGCCGAUUGUGAACCUCAAAGUAUUCAGAUAGAAGGGGCCGCCCUCCAAGAGGAUAAAGAGGGCUUAGAGACAUUUGAAGUUUGUCGAGUAUCCAAGAACUGUGACCAUCCCUCAAGCACGCACGAGCUUCCUGAAGGUGGUCUGGCAGCUUGGGCCACUGCUUUUGGAGCAUUUUUGGUACAGUUUUGCUCGUUUGGGUAUAUAACUUCAUUUGGUGUCUAUCAAGACUUCUAUACCCAACAUUAUUUGACAAAUGAGACGUCGUCUGCUAUAUCAUGGAUCGGGAGCACGAGCGCGUCACUGCUCAUGAUCGUGGGCCUCGUGGCAGGUUUUCUGUACGACCAAGGAUAUUUUUACCAUCUCAUGAUCGCCGGAUCGUUCUUGCAGAGUUUUUCUCUAUUUAUGUUGUCUUUGUCAAAACCCGACCACUACUACCAAAUCUUUCUCUGUCAAGGCUUAGGCUUGGGGAUCGCGUCGGGGCUCUUGUAUGUCCCUAGCAUGGCUGUCAUUUCACAUCACUUUCAACGGAGGCGCACAUUGGUUAUGACAUUUGUUGCUGCGGGUUCAUCGCUAGGUGCCAUCAUUCAUCCGAUCAUGCUCAAUAACCUCCUUGACGGACCCCUCGGCUUUGCCAGUAGCAUCCGUGUGAGCGCAGGGUUGAUUAGCUCACUCCUCUUAAUUGCAUGUCUGUGCAUGCGAACUCGCCUUGAUUCACCAGCGACACCGGUGAACUACAUUGUGGUAGCUAGAAAAUGCAUUUAUGAUGUACCGUUCAUGCUCCUGAUAGUAGGGGGCUUUCUUCUUCGGGUCGGUUUCUACUACCCAUUAUUCUUCUUUCAACUGGAUUCUAUCAAACAUGGUAUCAGCGUUGAAUUUUCGUUUUACUCUCUAGUGAUUCUCAAUGGGUCCAAUUGCAUAGGACGAUUCACGUCGGGAUUCAUUGAGGCAUUCACAGGGGUUCUAAAUUUAACCAUAAUAUCGUCAUUUUCGUGCGGUAUCCUCAUUUUGGGGAUGAUCGGGUUGAGUAGCCUGGCUGGUGUCGUUGUGCUUGGCGUUCUUUAUGGCUAUGUUUCAGGUUUGAAUGUUGCAAUGGCGGCACCACUCGUGGCUACUUUAACGCCUGACCUCUCUGAGCUUGGUGCACGGAUGGGUAUCUGUCUCUUUAUUUCUGGACUCGGAGGUUUGAUUGGAACACCCAUAUGUGGCGCUCUGUUGACAUCUAAUUAUACCUGGUGGAUACCGGGUCUGUUCUCCGGGAUCGUUUCACUGGCUGGUUCCAUAAUGUUUCUCAUCAUGCGAUAUUUGUUUCUCAGAAGGCGUGUGUCCUAGGUAGCAACGCUGGGAGUAGUAGGGCCUUUCCGUAAU